CCUAAAUAAGGUAAACGUAACUAAUCUCAGAUUUUUAUCAAACACAGUCUACAUUACAAUAAUUUGACUUUGUGCAUACCGCUUGUACUAAUUUGUAAACACCGCACCGAAAUGUACACGUCAUUAGUUAGGAAAAUUUGAAAAUUUGCGACACAGUUUUGCGAGCAGCUGAGUUUCCCACUCAUUUUUCCAGGAUUGGAGAUGAAGAGACAAAAGGCUGGAAAGGAAUCAAGGAGAGAGAAAAAGGAGAGGCGUGAGGAAAAUGCAAAGAUCCAUCAGCAACUUUUCACCGUGGCAAUUCCGGUGCUGAUUGUCGUAUUUGUUCUAAUUGCCGCAUAUGUUUACCUGAAAACUCGUCCCAUUGAGGGUUGAUUUGUACAAGUGUACUUGUUUUACGUGAUACAAGUGUCUUCCAAAAAUUUUUAUCAAUCUUAAAUUUUUCUUUUUUUUUUAAAAUAGAGAAGUUUCUUUACAAUGAUACAUAUUUUUACACGCUGUUCUGCACAAUAUUUCACUAUCUCUUGGAUUUUGAGCUGAUAAAAAUUUAUAGAUUGUUCAAAAUGUUUGCAUGGAUACUAAAAAAAUAAAUGUUAUUGAGUGAAACAUUUCCAUUAUUUCAAUAAAUUUCAGAAAAUAUUGUGUCUUAACCCAUUUUAGUCCAAAUUUCAUUGAUCGAAUUCUCUUGAAAAAAUAUUUUUUGUGUGUAAUUAAUGAUUUCCUUUCACUACGAGAUCUCUGAAUCUUUUCUUACACUAUGAGAUCUUUUUUUCUAUUUGAGUAAAAUUACAUAAAUGUAAAUUUUACAUUGAUUUUCAGCAUUCGUGAAUCUUUCAUUGAAAUUAAAAUGAAAGUUGAGCCUACAAGAAUGGGUUAACAAUGCCGGUUGUUUUAUUCAAAUCGAAAAUUGCUGUCUUAAUCCAAAAAUAGAAUUUUGGGCCAAGAAAAAACGUGUGGACUUUCAUUUAAGCUUAUUUUAGGGAAUUUUUUACCAUAAAGGGAAUUUUCCAGUGGGAUAGUUGCGAUGGAGAACACAAAGAGCGAUGCCAGUGGUGAUCGAAAGGAUUCAGAGAGGAAGAAACUGGCCAAAGAAGAGAAGCUACGAGAUUUGAAAGUUGAGGAGCAGCUUGUGAAAUCAAUGAGUAGCAUUGAAAAUCCCGAUGAUAAGAUAAACAAUCUGGUGCGAAAGUAUGUGGAAAUGGAAAAGGAAACCCGCAAACUUGGUGCUGUGGCUAAGCAACAGGAAAAGCGUUUGGAUAUGAUACAGAAGGAGAAGGAAAACUUGCAGCAGGAAUACAACAAAGCCAUCUUGACCAAGUCCAAACUCGAAUCACUGUGUCGGGAACUCCAGCGUCAAAAUAAGUCCAUCAAGGAUGAGAGUUUUACAAAGAUUCGCGAAGAAGAGGAGAAACGCAAAGAAACUCAGGCAAAGUUUCAGAAAUCUCUCAACGAAAUCUCUACUCUUAUGACGGAAAAUAACGAACGAAAUAAGAAGUUGCAGGACGAUAAUAUGGAAAUGUCUAAGAGGCUCAAAUUUUUGCUGGAGCAAUCGGAGACACGAGAGCAGCAAGUGGAGAAAAUCAACAUGAGCAUCGAUCUUUCAACACAGCUGAAUGAAGCAAAACUCACGAAAAUUCAAAUGGAAGCAGCUCUGGAGAAAGAAGGAAUGUUAAAGGAAAAGCAUGAACUUCUGACAGAGCUGAAGAAGAGUCGUCAGCAAUUAGCGGAUGUUCAGAUGAAGGAAAAAUUGAUGAAGGAACAGCUGGAUCUGUACACCACAAAGUACGAUGAAUUUCAGAAUUCCCUCUCUAAGAGCAAUAGCAUUUUCACCACAUACAAGACAGAGUUGGAAAAGAUGUCAAAGAAAAUCAUAAAACUUGAGAAAGAGCGGAACGAGUGGAAGAUGAAAUUUGAGAAGAGCAACAUUGCUGUUCUGGAAUUGGCAUCAGAUAAGCAACUCAAAGAUCAAAUUCUCAACAAAACAACCCGUCAAUUAGAUCAACUUCAGAAGCUAUGUCGCUUGCUUCAGGCUGAUCGUGCCCUUCUGGUAAAUAUUCUCAAGGAAAAUAACAUUGAACGACCAUCACUACCGGAACUACCCCCAGAACCUGAACCAAUUGAGCCAGAACCAACACCUCAGGAUGAUAAACUUGAGAGGAUGAUGAAGAAUUGCAGUGAAUUUAAGCAAAAUCUGGCAAUGCUACAGAAUCAAUUAUCCUCAAUUACAAAGCCAUCCACAUCACAGGAAGGCAAAAAAUCAAAGAGCAAGAGUAAGAAGAAGGACGCUCAGAAGACGCCGCCGGAGCAAGAAAAUGGGGAACUUGAUGUUGCACAAGCCCCACCUGUUGCUUCUAGUGUCGUCCCUGAGGAACAGGAAGCCCCCACAACGAAUGCAGUUGAUGCAGCAUCAGAAAUUGAUGUGGUGCAAUCAGCUCCUGAGCAGUAGUGUUGGAUCCUUCAUAAUACUUCACAGAAACCUCGAAUAUAGUGUGGAAUUCUUAAUUUAAUCAUCUCUCUGAAUUAAAUCACAAAUUCUGUCAUAUUAUA